GGCGGCGGGCGACCCGGUGUGCGCUUCCCCCGCGGGCCGCGGCGGCGGGGCGGGGGCGGCUGCGGAGGGCAGCGCUGCGCCGAGCCGGGCUGAGCCGAGCCGGACUGUAUCGGGAGGAGCUGAGCAGAGCCGGGCUGAACUGGGCUCAAAGCCGUGCCAAAGCCGAGCUGAGCCGCGCCGAGCUGAACUAGGCUACACUGAGCCGAGCCUAACUGAACUGAACCAGGCUGUGCCGAGCCGAGCUGAGCCGCACUGAACUGAACCGAACCGGGCUGAUCCGAGCUAAACCGAGCCGAGUUGAGCCAAGCUGCGCGGCGCUGCGCGGGCAGCAGGAAGAAGGAGAAGAUCUCACCAUAUCCAAGACACAAGCAAAACAAGAACUUGCUGAGACCUGGCCAUGCACUAACAGAAAGUUGUUCUGACUUUUAUGGUCACCCUAGACUUUUGCACAGGGGGCUGAUGGAAACUUAUCACUCCACACUGCUGGGUAAGAGAGAAGACACUCAAGCAGGGGACUACAUCUAGAUUUCUCAAGUUUUCCUCUCUCCUUGAUGGUCUUGCCUCCUGUCUCCUUGAACAGAGAGUCCAAGUUUUAAAGUCGGCCCAGCCAGAAGAGCAGUUAUCCUCAUUCUUUCAGCUGAGAAAAUCCCUUCCAUGUUGUCCACAACUGUGAUGAAAAGAGAAGCCACUCUUGCCAGAGACUGAACUUGUCUUUCAGGAAAAUAGCAUUUAUAGGACUUGUCAUGUCUCCCUUUCUGCGUAUUGGUUUAUCCAACUAUGACAGUGGCCCUUACCUGCCAUCCCAGGGGGAGGUGAUUAACCCUUACUGUGCUGUGAUGGUUAAAGAAGCCGUGGAGUCAGAAAAUGGCCAAGUGUACGUGCAGAAGAAACCCACCAUGUACCCUCCCUGGAACAGCACUUUCGAUGCCCACAUCAACAACGGCAGGGUCAUGCACAUCGUCGUCAAGGACAAAAGUGCCGAAAUGGUUUCAGAGACCACGGUGGAACUCAAGGUGCUGGCGGAGAGGUGCAAGAAGAGCAACGGGAAAACAGAGAUAUGGCUAGAACUGAAACCUCAAGGGCGAAUGCUGAUGAAUGCAAGAUACUUCCUGGAAAUAAGUGAUGCAAAGGACCUGGCUGACUGUGAGACCGAAGGCUUUUUCUCCUUGCACCAGCGCAGGGGAGCCAUCAAACAGGCCAAAAUCCAUAAUGUCAAGUGUCACGAGUUCACGGCCACCUUCUUUCCACAGCCCACCUUCUGCUCUGUCUGUCAUGAGUUUGUAUGGGGUCUGAAUAAACAAGGCUAUCAAUGCAGACAAUGUAACGCUGCCAUUCAUAAGAAGUGCAUUGAUAAAGUAAUAGCCAAGUGUACAGGAUCAGCAAUCAAUAGCAGAGAAACAAUGUUCCAUAAAGAGCGGUUCAAGAUCGACAUGCCGCAUCGCUUCAAAGUCUACAACUACAAGAGCCCAACUUUCUGUGAGCACUGCGGCACACUCCUCUGGGGCCUUGCACGGCAAGGAUUGAAGUGUGAUGCAUGUGGCAUGAAUGUCCAUCACAAGUGCCAGACAAAAGUAGCAAACCUGUGUGGAGUUAACCAGAAACUGAUGGCUGAAGCUCUGGCAAUGAUAGAGAGCACCCAGCAGGCUCGCUGUCAGCGUGACACUGAACAGAUCUCCAGGGAUGGACCUCUUGAAAUUGGCUUCCCAGUUCCUGUGAAGGAGGUGACACCACUUCAGGCAUUGCCAGCAUCUACAACAGGAAAAAAAGAGCCACAGGGCAUCUCCUGGGAGAGUCCAGUGGAGGGCACAAUUAAGAGGGAGUCUCUAAUAGACUCCGACUUGGGAAAAGAACAGCCCCAGGAGCAGCAAGAACACCAAGUGCAGCUAAAAUUAACCAUCGAAGAUUUUGUCCUGCACAAGAUGCUGGGGAAGGGCAGUUUUGGCAAGGUGUUCCUCGCCGAGCUGAAAAGCACAGACCAGUAUUUCGCCGUGAAAGCGCUGAAGAAGGAUGUGGUGCUGAUGGAUGAUGACGUUGAAUGUACGAUGGUGGAGAAGAGAGUCCUCUCCUUAGCUUGGGAGCACCCAUUCCUGACUCACGUCUUCUGUACGUUCCAGACCAAGGAAAACCUCUUUUUCGUGAUGGAGUACCUCAAUGGAGGAGACCUCAUGUUCCAUAUCCAGAGCUGUCAUAAGUUCGACCUUCCCAGAGCAACGUUUUAUGCUGCUGAAAUCAUAUGCGGGCUCCAGUUCCUCCAUUCCAAAGGCAUAAUAUACAGAGACUUGAAGCUAGACAACGUCCUCUUGGACAAUGAGGGGCACAUCAAAAUUGCUGACUUUGGGAUGUGCAAGGAGAACAUGUUUGGAGAUGCGAAGACAAGUACUUUCUGUGGGACUCCUGACUAUAUCGCUCCUGAGAUAUUGCUGGGGCAGAAGUACAACACCUCUGUUGACUGGUGGUCCUUUGGCGUCCUCCUGUAUGAGAUGCUUAUUGGCCAAUCUCCUUUCCAUGGCCAAGAUGAAGAAGAGCUUUUCCAGUCUAUCCGUAUGGAUAACCCAUUCUACCCUCGCUGGCUUGACAAGGAUGCAAAGGACAUUUUGGUGAAGCUUUUUGUGAGAGAACCUGAGAGGAGACUGGGAGCAAAAGGGAACAUCCGCCAGCAUGCCUUUUUCCGGGAAAUAAACUGGGAGGCUUUAGAAGAAAGAAGGAUGGAGCCUCCUUUCAAACCAAGAGUGAAAUCUCCGAGUGACUGUAGCAACUUCGACAAGGAAUUUCUAAAUGAAAAACCUAGACUGUCCUGUGCUGACAGAGCACUGAUUAACAGCAUGGACCAAAAUAUGUUCAGCAACUUUUCUUUUGUGAACCCUAAAAUGGAGAAAAUAUUUUCCUGAGAUCUGCCUUACUGAAGGAAUUGUCUGUAAUGGUUUGAGUAACACUUUGUUAACUGAAGACCGUGCAUGGCUAUUUUUAUCAAGAACCCACCAGAAAAAACACCUCAGUGAGAGUUUUUACCAUGCCUGAAGGCUUCCAGCUUAUUCCAGUCUGCAGCAGAUGCCAGCCACUCUUCACUAAUGAUGAAGUUUCUUCAUGGUAUCUUUUGGUCUCUCUUCUCUCUUUUCCCAACGUUCUUGAAGUUGAGAGCAUCUGAAAAUGAGGAGGUGCCAAAACCUGUUCCCCACUACUUGUACACACAGCCACCGGGUUUCUCUGUAAGGAAAAAAAACAAGUAUAUUUGAGUUUCUGGUGAUGUCAGUGCCCAUUUCUACAAUUCUCACCUAGGCUCACCUUCUUCUGAAGGACAAGUGGUUUGCUCAAAGCCUGAGGGCAUCUGGGAAGACUUCAGGCUGGGUUCUUUGGUAACCUCCACUUGUACAUGUAUAGAAUUGUGCAUGUGUGCACAGGAGUUUUGAAGAAGUAAUUUAACUCCCUACACACUUUAAAAAUAAUGUUCACAGGUGUUAGGAUUCAAUUUUGUUCCAAUGGGACAAAGAAACUUUGCAGGUGCUCAUUCCAGCAUUCAAACAUCUCAAUCAGAGGUCCUGGAGCUAAGGACUCAACCCCAAAGGAAGAUCGUUGCCUAGACUUAGGCAAGUGUCAAGAUCAGUACAGAAAAACAGUGGUUUACACUUCGUACUUGAGCAGGAAGGAUGGGAAGUUGCAGUCCAGCAGAAAGCCUCAAGAACCCCUGUUCUAAAGCUUUAACUGUCCUCGCACAUGCCGGUCUCAGAGCAAAAUCUGGACUGGGCUUUCUGGAGUUUUAUCCGAAAACUGCAUGAGAAAGGUGGAAGAGGUUCCUCAAACCAUUGUUUAAGCUUCAUAAAACUGACCUUCCAGUCACAGCAUUGUCAUAUUUUGCUUGAGAGGUAGUAAUCAGUCUUUGGAAAGGCUGAUGUACUUUCUGUUGCUCUAAAUGAUGUCCCAACUCUUUGGCAUGCAUUGCAGACAUAGGUCAACAAGCUGCACCCAGCGGUCACAGGGCAGGAGAGCACACUGGGUGAGGGUGGUAGUCUCUUUCUCCUUCUGACAUUUUUCUGUGUGCUCUAUCCCUCUGCAGUCUGUGGAAAUGUAGAUGGGUUAAAAAAAAAAUCUUUUCUGUGAUCCUUUCAUCAUGGGAUCCUUUUAAAUAACGAUGCACUGUUUUCUGAGGUUGAAGAGAUGUAGAACCACUCGGUUACUGAUUGUCAUUGAGACAGCGGUUAAAUACCAGGUCAAAAUUAAGUCAAAGCCCAAAUAGAAGAUUCUGUUACAGCUUAGACUUAGGCAGUCACCCAAGUUGGUGUUAGGCUUUAAUUGAACUGUAUACAUUUGGAGUUUCAUUGCAUCAACCCUUCCAGUCCAUGGAGAAGAGAAGCUGUAGAAGGUCAGUCAUCCCAAAAUCAGAUUCCCUUCAGAGGUGCCUUUCUGGCUCUGCUGGACCAGGCUGUCAACUCGGACCUUCCAACAGGAUGAAUGCAACCUUGCAGGCAGUGGUGGGAUACUGCUGGCAGUGACGGCAGGCACCGAAUCCUGCAGGACCAAGAGCAGAAGUGCGUAAGGUCAACAAGAAAAGCAGAGUGUCCGGAAAAAGGUUUCAGUCCACUGACUCUCAUGAAAUCCUUGUUCGUGCUGUAUGAAACGCAGGGGGCAUCUGUGCUCACAGUUUGUGCAGCUGGUCAUCACGUUUAAUUAGAAUGGUUAACAUGAAUUUUUUAAAUGCCAGUGCUGUUUGUACAGUUUAAUAAAAUGUUGUGUACAAUUGGAAAAGGGGCAUUGAAGUGAUUAAAUAGGGACAAAGAACAGAGGUGCUUAGAAAAGCCAUUAAAAUGGCUCUGCACUUUCUGGGAGAUGUUCCCCACGGGAAUUUCAACCCAUAAAUACACAUAAUCAGCAAGCAUUUGAACAACUGCAACUACUCCACAGAUCAGUAUCUAAAACGCAGAUUUGGUGCUGUGCAAAGGUAUCUAAGAAGAGAGCAAAACGUUCCUUUUCAUUACCGGAAGAUGACACAGCUG